AAAAUGUUUUUGUUAGUUAUUAUAUUCUACAGAAAUUUUUUCUUUAUUUUAAUUUUAUGAUAUUUAAUCUGUCAUUUUUAAGCAAAAUGUUAUCAUUUGAUGGAGUGUCUCGUUUACUUUUAAAUGUGUCAAAACAUGAAGUAGCUCAACUUAGGUUUAGCAGGAGGCGUGCAAAUCCUCCACCGUGGGUUUCGCUAAAAUACCAUCCCGUUCGUGCUCUUCUUUACAAAGACGAUAGACGGUUUAUUGAAGCAAAUCGUGAUUUGGUUGCACCAAAUAGGCCCAUCUAUCGUAAAAAUGAUGGUAGUUUCAACUUGAUUCCUGGUAUUCCAAAUCCACCAGAUUGUAAAGGAAAUGUUCACAACAAAGAUAAAAGUAAAAGAAUUGGAAUGGUUGGACGGAAAAUUGGAAUGACUUUGCAAUGGUUAAAUGAUGGAACUCGCUGCCUUUGUACUAUGAUACAUUUCCCUGAUAAUGUUGUACUUUCAGCAAAUGAUCCCGAAACAUGGUGGCGGCUAAGUGUGACCGGAAAACAAAAGGCAUUCGGAAAACGUGGGCCCAUGUGGAGUCAAAUGGUUGGAGCAUACAACGAUGAUUCUGUUUUCUACACAGACGAAUAUAGAAAAAUAUUUGAAAAAGUUGGCGUCCCUUACAAAAAAUUCAUGGCUGGUUUUAUGGUUUCCGAGGACGCAGUCGUUAAGCCUGGAACAAUUCUGGAUGUUAGGCAUUUUCAAGUUGGCCAAUAUAUUACUUUAAGUGGUAAAACAAUUGAUUGGGGAUUUCAAGGUGUAAUGCAUCGAUGGGGAAUGAAGGGAAUGACAAGAAGAAACACUACGAAAGCACAUCGGCGUGUUGGUUCAAUUGGUGUUAAAGGAGAAGGCAAAGUUUGGCUAGGACGUUGCCUUCCUGGCCAUAUGGGUUACGAAUGGCGUAGUAUUGCUGGGUAUCAGAUUCUUAGAAUUAACCCAAUUGAGCAGGUAAUUUAUGUGCGAGGCAGUCCCCCUGGCGAUAAUGGUGAAAUGCUUUUGGCUACCGAUUCAUUUAUUAAAAAGAAACGAAUUGAAAAUCCUCCAUUCCCAACAUUUUAUGCGGAAGAUGCAACUGAAAAUGAGGAAUAUAAUUCAGAAGAAAUGCAUGCAAUUUAUAAUGUUACUUCAAAAGAUAUUUAUCAUCCAAAACUUUUUAGAUUCAAUCAACCUUCCAUUAUAUAUACAGAAGCUGACGAAAUAAAAUCUUUGGCUCGUGAUAAGUCGAAAGCAAAAACAGCACAACUUAAGAAAAAAUGA